AUGUCCGUUACUUCUGUCAGAGAAGGGGGUCCAAUCCUCAAGGGUCCAUGGGACUUCAAAGACAGCCCAAUCAGCCGCGUUGCCGAGCAGCCGCUGUUACUAGGGUUAUUCCUUAACUUACAAGACAUCAAGACGUCCACCCACCCAACAACUAAUAGCUGGACCUUCGAGUAUAAUCUCGCUUUGGUUCAGAAGGCUGAAGAGCUGGGUUUUGAGCUUGCCUUUAGCCGCUCUCAGUGGCUCCCUAAGGGCGGAUAUGACGGAGAGGCGUCAAUCGAUGCUUUUGUGGCCCUUGGAGCGAUGGCCGCCGCUACAAAACACAUCAUGCUCAUUUCAACCCUGCAUGUUUUGUACGGCCCACUGCACCCCUUACACAUCGCAAAAUGGGGGGCCACAUUAGAUCAUAUUUCCAAGGGUCGUUGGGGAAUUAACAUCGUCACUGGUCAUCGGACCGUUGAGGCUGAGAUGUUUGGUCGACAACAGAUUGAGCAUGAUAAACGCUAUGCGAUGGCGGGCGAGUUGUUUGAAGUUGUCAAUAGUCUCUGGGGUGAGACCGAGAACCUAACCUAUGAAGCAAAGGCAACUGAAAAUAGCUGGCGGUUAGAAAACGCUUGGAUUACACCGAAGCCGAUAUACGGCCGGCCUAUCUUGGUAAACGCUACAGGGUCAGCCGCCGGAAUCGACUUUGCGGCCAAGUACUCCGAUCUCAUAUUCAUCACAUCACCGGGCGGUGCGCAUAUCGACAGCGCUCUCGAGACAUUGCCCGCACAUAUUGCCACCAUUAAGGAGGCAGCUAGAGCGGUUGGACGGAAAGUCAAAACACUAAUCAACCCUAUUAUCAUCUCCCGCGACACACCUGAGGAGGCGGAGGCUUAUGCAGACAGCAUCGCCGAAGGGAGCGCUGGAUCACUUGGCAGCUCCAAGUUCAACAACAAUGCAACGGCGUAUAAGAGCGAUGCCCAUGGUUGGCGAGGUCGAAAAGACCCCAACCACAAACAGGGUCGCAAUCUUGGUGGCAAUAUAGAAAUCAUCGGCUCUCCAGAGCAGGUGGUAGCUCAGAUUAAGGCCCUACACAAGACAGGCGUAGAUGGCAUCCAGAUGAACUUUUACGACUUUGCGCCAGACCUAGACUACUUUGGCCAGAAAAUCCUACCACUACUCAAAGAAGCUGGUCUCCGUCUCUAA